AUGUUAAAACGUUCAAAUCCACAAUGGAGCAAGGUACCACGGACAUAUAUUGUUCUUCGGACUAUCGGUGAACUGAAAAGCCUCGACAAUCUCAUUGACGAAGGCUUUUCUGAUUACUGGUUUCCUGUUACCGAACGACGCUUACCAGGUUGUUUACGGCCAAGUGUUCGGGCAGCGUUCGUUGGUGCUCAGAGUCUAGUAUUAACGAAAUCGAUAGACCUCGAGAGGGGUGAACAUGGGCAGCAUCGUCAUUUCGAGCAAGGGGAAUCUCCCCCUCUUGAGUCAAAAGGAAUCUUAGGCAAUGGUGGAUUUGGCCAAGUCGAUAUAGUUCUCAGUCAGAUCAGCUUCAAGGAGUAUGCUAGGAAGCGGGUACUUCGAAGUUCCGCUUUUAGUGACCGGCGGAAGGAAGGUAUACAGCAGUUCAUCGCCGAGAUCCAAAUCUUAAAGCGCCUAAAGCAUCACCACCACGUCGUAGAAUUUGUCGGAAGCUAUACAGACGCUAGAUACAUUGGCCUAAUAAUCUCUCCUGUUGCGGAAAUGGACCUGGCUGCCUAUUUAAGACGCGCUACUGCAUCUCAUCACCAUGAGAUACGAACCUUCUUUGGCUGCCUGGCUAGCGCACUUGAGUUUCUGCAUGAGCAGAAAGUUCGACACAAGGACAUCAAGCCGGGCAACAUUCUUGUACACCAUGGGAACGUCUUGUUUACAGACUUUGGCUUAUCUCUCGACUUCACAGAUGCAAGCGGCAGUACCACCAUGGGCAUGGUGAACUGGAUGACUAGCAGAUAUUGCGCGCCGGAAGUUGCUCUGCAAGAGUCUCGAAACACAAUGUCCGAUAUUUGGAGCCUAGGUGUUGUCUUUAUGGAGAUGAUUGUGAUUCUUAAGGGCAAGACGAUUCAGGACAUGGAUGAGUUCCUAGAGCGUCGUGGAUCGCGGCAAACUCUUAUUCGUACAAAUACUGCUGCCUUGCCGGAGUUUGUUGCUGAGCUUGAAGGGAUAGGGGUGUCGUCAGAUAAUAGAGCCCUUAGCUGGACUCAACAGAUGCUCUCAACAGAGCAGCAACUGCGUCCGACUGCAUCCUCCCUAGUCGCAUCUAUCAUGGCUUCUAGCCAGGGAAGGGAAAUGACGGGUUUUUGUGGGAUAUGUUGUGUUUAUUCCGAAGAGGAGUUUUCUAAUUGA